GGAGCGACAUGAUGGCAGCCUUCACGAAAGUAGCACGCACUCUUCGAGAUCACUGGAAAAAAUCGACAGUUUUAGUAGCUCUAUCAGCGUGGGGUGCAAACUUUGUAGUAGACCGAUAUAAGGCAAAUCUUUUGAGAACAGAGUACUGCAAACAAGCACAGGUGUAUGGACAGCAACAUGAAAAGACUUUUAGCAAACCUGUCAAAGCAACUGUCUUCCUAAAUCCAGCUGCUAGAAAAGGGAAAGCCAAGAAGCUCUUUCAGAAGAAUGCUGCCCCUCUUCUUCAUCUUGCUGGGAUUGAUGUAGAAAUCAUACAGACCUCGAUGGAAGGAGAGGCGAAGGAUUUAGCGGCAUCACUGGUCAAGACCGACAUUGUUAUCAUUGCUGGUGGAGAUGGUACUGUAGCUGAGGUCAUCACUGGACUCCUUAGAAGAGAUGAUGAGAAAGUGGUCAGUUCAAACUGGACAUUGGGUAUUAUACCAGUUGGAGCUACAAAUUCUUUAGCUAGGAUUUUAUAUUCAGAGGCAGAGGCUGAUGUCAGGUGGAUGUGUAAUUCAGCUAUGGCAAUCAUCAAGGGUUCAACCAGACAUGUAGAUGUCAUGUCAAUACAGGAUGAAACUCAUGGACGCAAGUCUUAUGCCGUCAAUAGUAUUCACUGGGGUCCGUUACAAGAUGCCAAGGAAAAGGCCACAAAAUUUUGGUAUUUUGGGCCACUAAAGCAUAGAUUCAGCUAUCUAUGGGCAGGAUUAACUAAGGAGUUUCCAGCCCAGGUCAAGGGUCAUGUGUCGUAUGGUCAGCCAAAGGAGAUCCCUGAAGAGGUCAUUCCAGAAAAGCUAUGGUGGUGGACAAGAUUAUUCAAUAGACUCUGGCCCAAGCGUAUAGAACCAGAACCUGUAGUACAUGAUGAAGAAGAGGUAUUGGAAGAAUUGGAUAUUUCUGCAGUGGAAUUAUCUGUUUUAACAGAUAACAGUGGGAACAAGCAAAAGGGUCCACCUGCUUUGCAGCUUAGAAUUGGACCUGAGGAGUUUUCAAGAACAGAUUUCAUGAAAGAAGGUUGGUCUAGAUUAAAGGAGGAUAGCAUCGAAACGUUCAAGGUGACUGAUAUUGCUGCAGGAGAAGUACAUCUUAGGCCUAACCUAAAAGAGGCUGAGGAAUCCUGGUAUACCAUUGACAACGAUAGGUUUGAAGCUAUGCCCGUUGUCAUCAAACUUCUUCCAUCCAAGCUACGAUUCUUCACUGAUGCUGCUAUGCCGCAAGAAACCCUUACCAGAUGACA